CACAAAAACAUUGACAAACACUGUGCGUUUCUAGAGAAAGAGAAAGAUAAAAGGAGGUCUUCAUUUCUAGGGUUUGAAAUCGAGAUCGAGAUCGAGAGAGAAAUUGGGGAUUUUUAAUGGAGAAAUAUGAGAAGCUUGAGAAAGUAGGAGAAGGAACAUAUGGGAAAGUAUACAAAGCAAAGGACAAAAUCACAGGACAACUUGUUGCACUGAAGAAAACACGUUUAGAAAUGGAUGAAGAAGGUGUACCACCAACUGCUCUUCGUGAGGUUUCUUUGUUACAAAUGUUAUCACAAACGAUUUACAUCGUUCGAUUGCUUUGUGUUGAACAUGUUGAUAAUAAGAAUGGGAAGCCUCUUUUGUAUCUGGUUUUUGAAUAUCUUGAUACUGAUCUCAAGAAAUUUGUUGAUACUUAUCGAAGAGGUCCUAAUCCUAGACCUGUACCUCCUUCUGUUAUUCAGAGUUUCAUGUUUCAGUUGUGUAAAGGAGUUGCACAUUGUCAUAGUCAUGGCGUGCUUCACAGAGAUUUAAAACCCCAAAAUCUUUUGGUGGAUAAAGAAAAAGGUAUUCUUAAGAUUGCAGAUCUUGGGCUUGGAAGGGCAUUUACUGUACCUCUUAAGAGUUACACGCAUGAGAUUGUUACUCUUUGGUACAGAGCACCAGAGGUACUAUUAGGAUCAAGCCAUUACUCAACUGGAGUGGAUAUGUGGUCUGUUGGAUGCAUAUUUGCUGAAAUGGCAAGACGACAAGCUUUAUUUCCUGGUGACUCAGAGUUGCAGCAACUGCUUCAUAUUUUCAGACUGUUAGGAACUCCAUCUGAGGAGCAAUGGCCAGGAGUUAGUGCAUUGAGGGAUUGGCACGAGUAUCCACAGUGGAAACCUCAGAACUUAGCGCGCGCUGUACCAUCAUUGGAAGCUGAUGGUGUUGAUCUCCUAACGAAGAUGCUCCAGUAUGAUCCUGCAAAUAGAAUCUCGGCCAAGGAAGCACUUGAACACCCUUACUUCGACAGCCUCGACAAGUCUCAGUUCUAGAACUUCUCUAUCUGGGUCUGUUUCUAUUUGUUUUACUGUUGGUAACAACUUGGGUUGCCAAUAGGCUGUUGUUUUCAUCGUCUUGGUGAUCUGAACUUCGUAGACUCUGCCAGUUUGCUUUAACUUAGUCUUAGGGUUUGUUGUUGUCUUCCCCUGCUAUUCUUCACCUUCUAUAAAGUUUCAGUAUUAUCACUCAAAGUGAAACUCUGUUGUUGUUCACUGUGGUAAGGUUUUAAAUUGCAUUUUUCAGUUUCUAAAAACUGCAGUAGUAUCUUGUAUACUAUGUGAAUGAAUGAUUUGGAAAUUGGAGUGAAGGUUAUUCUCA